UGGACUUCAGGUGAUGUGACCCCUGUUCUCAUGAAUCCUCUCUCGCAGUCACGCUCCAUUCCUCUGGCAGAAGGAAUAUGCCGUACCAUAUCAGACAUGAAUGCAGAUCAUGUGAUGGUCACACAGGAAACUUUAAUGGAGCAGUUAGUGAAAAAUUAUCCAGGCAUUGCAGUUCCCUCCCACAAUAUCUUAUACAAUAUCCUUGGCACUCUAAUUAAAGAAAGGAAAAUCUAUCAUACAGGAGGAUACUUCAUUGUGACUCCCAACACAUACUUUAUCACAAAUGAUGCCACAGAAGACAAUAGAAGGGUCUCAUUGGAGGACAGUUGUUGCUGUUCAUCGCCUUCCAUCUCUUACCUGGUAAACGUUGAGCGCUGUGCAGACCUAGUGAAAGAAAACAUUCCUACAGUAUCCUGUUACAGAUCCUGCCAUUGUUUCCCUGACCAGAACAUGCUCUGUGAACAAAGACAUCGGCAGCUAAUGAACCAUGAACCUAAUGGAGGAGGUAAGAAAGGCUGCAGUGAAUUGAAGCCUUCAGUUCAAACUGAAGGGAUCUCCACAUCUGCUGAAAACCAUUCCUGGGACACCAUCAAAUCCCUGACAUCUGUGAAAGAGAAACUGAAAAGCAAAAGGUUUGGCCUUGGCCUUUUCUGGAGAAGUGCUUCUAAAAAAGAAAAACAGAAGGAGUACUCCACUUUUUCAGCUCAGUUUCCUCCCAAGGAGUGGCCAGUCAGGGAUGAAGAGGACUUAGAUAAUAUUCCACGUGAUAUUGAACAUGAAAUCAUCAAGCGUAUUAACCCUACUCUUACAGUUGAUAAUUUGAUUAAACACACAAUAUUAAUGCAGAAGUUUGAGGAGCAGAAAAAAUAUAUCAGUAAGGGUACCUCGGCUGAAGUGUCAAUAGUCAGGCAAAACCAUCUUUCAAAGGAUUGUAUUCAAAAGACACAAAGUAAAACAGCAAAACACACCAGGAAAACCAAAUCAAAGAAAGAGAAGCAGAUUAGCAGAAGCAACAGGAAGUCUCACAUACAUGAGCUAAUAUCCCCAAACGAGAAACUGGAAGAGAGCCUUUCACUGCCUAUCGGGAACCAACAGCCAUUUGAUGUAGCAGUGGAAUCCCAUGUCAUAUAUAAAAAACAAAUUAAGAACCCUUUUCAGGGUCUGUCAUGGAGACGUAACUUUUAUGCGAAAGGGUACAAAGCUACUAUUAACAGUCAGCUGAAGUCCAGGACUCGAAAGCAAGGAAGGGCUUUACAAAGGCCAUGGUCCUUGGACUCCUCAAAAACCUUUGACUAUGAAACUGAACAGCUGGCUACUGAAGAGCAGGCUGACAAAGCUAAGCAAAACAAACUACUCCAUGCUAAUAGGUCUUCCCUCCAACUAAAGAAAGACAGUUUAAGUGAAAACUUUAGUUAUCCGCAAGGCAGUACUUUGCAAACAGAUAAUAAAAGUAAAGAGUUUCUGGAGAGUAAUAUUUCUGAAGAAAACAUCUGCAGAAGAACAGUCAAAAAAAAUCCUGUGGAUAUUAAAAAGUCCCCUCACUCCUACACUGAAGAUAAUGGUGUGUGCAAAGAAGAUGCAAAAUUUUCAUUACAUCUGAAAGAUGAGUAUUGCAGGUGCAAAGCUGACACUGUAUGUGAGUUAUUAGAUCAAACGGCAAAUGAAUUUCAAAAUGUGCGUCUUUCAAAUUAUACAGCCAAUGUUAACCUGGUAAAAAAAAUUGGUGUGAAAUACAGACAAAAGACUGAUAAACAGAGUGAACUUAUAUUUAAAUAUGACCGUGCCAGCCAUCCUGGAUCAAUGAAGCUGGAAAGUGAAGGAUUUACUGAUAACUGCCAUCUUCUGUACCAAAAAGCACAUGAUGGUGACACCUGUAACUCACUACAUCUGGAUGAUAAUUUUGAAGGCAAUGAACCAUGUCACCUGCUUCCUGGCCCUGCUUUUUCAGAUACAAGAGACUGGAGUAAAGCUGUACAAAACCUGGGGACAGCUAUGUUCCUAAAAAACUGUAAGGUUAAUACUUACCCCGCCCAGUACAACACAACUGUAAAUAAACGUGACUCUGGAGAGCAUGGAUAUAAGGAAAGCGCUAGCUUUGCAGAAUCAACAAAUGGCUCAAAAGAGCAUCCAAAAACAGAUUUCACAGAAAAAAGUUGUUUGUGCAGUCAGGUUCUUCCGAUAGGUCACAGAAAGGAAGAAGAAGCUGGCCCCACUGAAUGUGCGAAGGCUUCAGCUGUAGCAGAUUUCUGCCACGCUAAUGAGGCUGACUCAGAUGCUGACACUUUGCAGAACUUCACCCAUGAGAUGGGUGAAGUAGUGGCAUGUUGUGCUUUGGGCUCACAGACCAAAGAAAUGAGAAACCCUCUGGGAAAAAAAGAUCUGUUUUUUAAGAAUGCAUGUACUGUGAUACCAAGACAGAAACACUCGGAAGGGACAGAAAACCACAGCAUUACAGGAGACAGUGGAAUUGACUCCCCAAGAUGGACUGAAAAGAAGAUGAAGCUUCCUGCCAAAUUCUGAAAGCAUAAAUACUAAUGCAAAGAGGAGGACAAAGUGGAAGGACAAUUGCAACAAAAAUCCUUGCUUCAGCGAACUCUGGUCAUGAAUAUUUGAUUAUGUUUUUAACGAGCUUUGUAAACUUUCCCUCUGUAACAACAUAACCAUACUGUAAAUGUGAUCAGUCACAUCUGUGAGGCUGUCUCUAAAUCAAAGCUCUAGGUUAAAACUUUUGACCAUAGUAUUUGGAGAGCUAACGUAUAUUUCUGUUGCUCUCAUCUUUAAUUAGUUUUUGUGUCCCUGUGAUAAUAAAAAUGAGAACUGAUAUACUUCAUUCAGAUCACACCAUUAACCUGGGAAGGCUAUGUGUUGCUCU